AUGGUGACAGACAGGGAGACGGACAGGGAGACAGAUAGGGAGACAGACAUGGAGACAGACAGGGAGACGGACAGGGAGACAAACCGGGAGACAGACAGGUGGACAGGUAGGGAGACACAUAGGGAGACAGACAGGGAGAAAUACAGGGAGACAGACAGGGAGACAGGCAGGGAGACAGACAGGGAGAAAUACAGUGAGACAGACAGGGAGACAGAUAGGGAGACAGGGAGAAAGACAGGUAAACAGACAGGGAGACAGACAGGGGGACAGAUAGGGAGACAGACAUGGAGACAGACAGGGAGACGGACAGGGAGACAGAUAGGGAGACGGACAUGGAGACAGACAGGGAGACGGACAGGGAGACAGACAGGGAGACAGACAGGGAGACAGACAGGGGGACAGAUAGGGAGACAGACGGAGACAAAUAGGGAGACCAGGAGACAGACAGGGAGACGGACAGAGAGACGGACAGGGAGACAGACAGGGAGAAAUACAGGGAGACAGACUGGGAGACAGACAGGGGGACAGAUAGGAAGACAGACAAGGAGACAGACAAGGGGACAUACAGAGAAAUGGAGACAGACAGGGAGACAGACAAGGAGACAGAUAGGGAGACCGGGAGACAGACAGGGAGACGGACAGGGAAUAGGACAGAGAGACGGACAGGGAGACAGACAGAAAGAAAUACAGGGAGACAGACAGGGAGACUGA